GCUCUGUCAGAGGACAAAAUCGAUUUGAUCGUUUUAAGAGUUUUAAUUCCCGCUCUUGCAAAAAGGCGUGCAAAAAAAACUGCGUUCUUUGUUCUGAUUAGUGCACAACCCCACCCAGUUUUCAAAAGGGAAAAUAUGCCGGUAAUAGAGUCCGUUUUUAGCGUGCAUUUGUUUGGAGGAAAAGACUGAUAGCUGUUUUUCAGUCUGUUAGGAGCAACUGCUAACAGGUUCUUGGAUUAACUGCUUGGAUUAACUGCUUCUUGGUUAGGUUCAAAAGAUUCAACAGAUGAUUGAAAAGAGACGGUUCGGUCCUGGCAUUAAAGUCGGCAGCGUGGAAGAGUUUCAGGGACAGGAGAGAAGAGUGAUUAUCUUAUCAACUGUCCGAAGCACCAACAAGGAGUAUCUGGAAAUGGACAGAGACUUCCACCUUGGUUUUCUUAACAACCCAAAAAGAUUCAAUGUAGCCAUUACUCGUGCCCAGGCUCUCUUGAUUUUAAUAGGCAACCCGGACAUGCUGUGUCUAGACGAAAACUUGAAAAGGUUUUUGGAGUACUGUGGUAAAAACAAUGCUACUGUUGACGUAGAAAGGAAAGAAAAGGUGGUGGAUAUUGCAGACACUCUUAGGGGACUUGAUCUUCUCCCAAGGGCAUCAUCAGAACUGAGUGAAGAUUUGCUAAUCAGUCAGCGGGAACUCCAAGAACACCCAGAGUGGACUAGGCACGAGUAAAUGUGUUGUGCCAGUCUGCAUCUCAUGGUCUCCUCAGUUUUAAGAUAAAUCUAAGACUAUACUCACUUAAUAGGUAAAGACAACAUUCAAAAUAGAAAACGGAAAGAGAAAAGCUGCCAGUAGUAGCUAAUUAAAGCUGAUUAACCACUGCCAUUCAUGGUUAAAAAGGAGAAUAAAAGAAGCGUUCUACAUCGCACGCUUCCAUCCAGAACUAAACAAACAAGUGCAAUCACUGGACCUCACCUUGUUCCCCAUGGGAACAGGUAUUACAUAACUGGCAUUGCCUGAACUAUAAGAACACUGAGCGUAUGCAGAUUAUUUCACUCUGAUGAUGAUCAAACAGAUCGAAAACGUUAAGACUCGUAAUUUUAACAGCUUUUUACCUUAAAGUUUUAUAUUGUACUUUUAUCGACGAAAUGUAUAUCUGACCGAUUUUCCAAAAACAUGGCCGCUAUUUUGGUGCAAAGUCUUAAAGUGCCCCUAAAACGAAAAAUCAUGUGUUUCUUUUCCAAUAUUUUUCAACUGAAAAUGGCUAUUUGGGUUCACUAGUGGAUCGUAGGAUGGAAAAAACUUCAAACCAAGCAUUCUAUGGUACGGUAUUUUUGCUAUGAAAUCGCUGGAAAUCUGUCCGCCAUUACUGAAAUCGUGUUCCAGUUGAGCCCGCGGAAUGGCAGCGGAAUGCAUCAAUCAUGACGUCAGACUCUCAACCCUCGUUGUUGAUUUCAGUGUUGUUUAGUAGGCUCUUGAGUAAAAUUAAAAUUUGCCGGAUUAAAAUUUGCUCGAUGCGUUCGAACAAACCUUACCCAUUUGUCGCCGUCGCUCUUAUUUGCAGGGCUUGUAUGCAACGAAACGCCGAUACUGUGAUCUGAGUAGUUGCUGCAGCCUUGAACUACACAACGACUACCAGGCAUUGUCCGUUUCACCACUCUGGAAGCACGGUUUUAUAAAAUUAUUUUACAAUAACACGCUCGGAUAUAGAGGUUUUGUAUGGGAAAUUAGCCAUGUGCCUUCGGUGAGUUGAGAGUCUGACGUCACUUCCUCUAAAUUAUAACCGCGUCUUCUCCUGGCUCACUGGAACACUGUUCGGUAAUGGCGGCGGUAAAUAUCGCUACCUUUCCCGUUCGAAAAAUGUGACUUCCCUUGCUUGUAUCAAACCCAAAUUUUGGGAGGUAAGUGAAAACAGCAUGUACUUUCAGAAAGCGUUCAAACAUAAAGACGGAAAAUUUGAUUUUAGGGGCACUUUAACACGGUUUUCAUAAAUCCAGAGAUAUAUCGGCACAGAAUGUCCUAAACUGAUCACGGCGUGCUCUAGUUUUGACUCUAGAUGCUUUAGAAAGAUCGGCAGUAAGUAGAAACGCUCAUUUUUCGGCCUUUCUGGGUCAUCCAGUCUUAAUCCGUUGAAAUAUAUGUCUGGAUUUAUGAAAACAGUGUUAAUGAAGUCAAGCGGUUUUAUUUACUUUUCUUUAUUAU